UGCAAACGUAAUUGCAGACAUGCGCAGUUCUGCACUGCCAGCAGCUUUGUUGGAUUGCUACCUGCUAGCCUUUCUGCUAACCAACAAGCAUUUCCUGCCUGAGGACUGGACACAGCUAUGGAUAUCGACGCAAUAUUGGAAGCGUUUCAAGAUUUUGAGAAAAGAGGGAAGAAGGAGACCUGUCCCGCUCUUGAGCAAUUCCUGUGUCAUGUCGCCAAAACAGGACAACCAAUGAUCCCGUGGUCACAGUUCAAAACAUACUUUUUAUUUAAGCUGGAUAAAGUGAUGGAGGAUUUUCAUGCUUCAGCACCAGAAGAGAGAGACUCUCACAAUCCCAAUGUGGAAUAUAUUCCCUUUGAAGAAAUGAAGAAAAGGAUCUUGAAGAUUGUGGAUGGUUAUAAUGGGAUUCCAUUCACCAUUCAGCGGCUGUGUGAGCUGCUUACAGACCCCAAGCGUAAUUACACGGGUACAGACAAGUUUCUUAGAGGUCUGGAAAAGAAUGUAAUGGUGGUGAGCUAUCUGCAUCCCACAUCAGAAAAAAAUGGGACAUCGACUAUGAAUAGAAUGAAUGGAGUAAUGUUUCUUGGAAACCCAUCUCUAUAUUUAGAAAGCAGUCGAAAUGUGAAUGGGCCAAGUUUGUCAAAAACGCUCAACAGACCAAAGCUGUCAUCAUCUUCACUUUCCACCAAUGGGCUCCCAGGGUGUCCAGCCAGUAAAGAGCUAGAUGGAAUCACUGAAACAGAAGAGCACCAUUCCAGUGAAACGCCACCUUCAGAAGACGAGGCGAAACCAAAACAUGGAAUCAAGCACAAACAUCGAGAAGAAGACGAAGAAUCUGACUGUGACAAACAGGAGGCCAAGAAACGGAAGACUGGUGAAUAUGAUGACGAAACGGAAAGAGAAGAAAAUGAGUCAUCUUGUCAUAAAGAACCAGAGAGUUCAUCAGACACACCAGAGUCAGAGGAAGACACUUGCGGUCAAGAGUGCAGCAGUGAAACAUUUCAUGACACACCCUGUAAAUCAGACAGUCAUGGGGAAAGCAGCACACAGUCUGAACCACCUGAGAGGGAAGGGGAGUCGAAUGAGGCUAGUGCUGCUGCCAGUGUUCAGAGCAACAUCUCUGUGGAUCAGUCGGACCAAGCGACUCUAUCAGAGACACAUUCAACCUUCGAACAGGACAAUGCUUUGUGCAACAGCAGCAGCAGUGAUGCAGAGGGCUCAGCCAGUGAAAAAGUGUCUUGCAGUAAUUCCCCUGAUCUGGCAACAGAGGGUGGUGCUGAAACUUCAGACAGCACAGAGACCUCAUUAGAACUGGGAGAACACAACUAACUUGAAAGGCAGGAAUGCCAACUGACUUGUUUUCUACACUGUAUGACACAACCCCAAAGGUAAAUCUGUAGCACUGUGGAGCAUUAGGCUUCAGGACCAAGAGACAAGUGGACUUGGAGACUUCUUAGAAGGAUCUUGACGUCUUCUUCUGUUUCAGCUUCUCCUGGCCACUGUUCACCAGAUCUUUAAACUGGAAGAUGAUUUAACAACAUAAUGAAGACUGCCUUUUUCAAUAAACAAAACCAUUUUUCUAACCUUUUUUCUUUCCUAAUUUUUAUAUUUGAAUAUCUAACUUAAUGUAGAUGAUGUAUUCAGUAAUUCCAUUAGUUAUUUGGUGUUUAUUUCCAAGAAGAACCAUUUGACAAAGUUGUUUUAGGGCAAGCACAGUAGUUUCAGGUUUCUGUUUUUUGUAUUAAUGCUGUUCAGAUAUUAACCAAAAUAUUAUAUAUGUCUGCUUUUCUUUUAUAUAAAGCACAUAUAGCAUAUUUCUUCUGAUCGUGCACUUCACACUCUUGAAAGCUGGAGAAACGUUUCGCUCCGUGUCCCUAUGAAGCCAAUACAAGUUGCCAUUUUGAGCCCUUUUAUUUGAGCAAUUUGGUUUGCUCAAACCAAAUUGCUCAAACAAAAUGCAAGGUACUUUUAUUUUCUUGGUGUCAGACCGUAGUUGUACAUCUGUCUUUUUUUGAUAAUUGAGAUUUCCACAAUACUUAUCUGUAAAUGAGCUUUUGUAGUCUUGUAAUACAUGUCCGCAUUCUUUGUAAAACUGACUGCUGGAAACCGAAGGCUUGAGCUUGUGUGAGAAUAUUCACAGAAAGCAAUAAAAGCUGAAAUUGGAA